AGGCCCAGUUGGAGGCUGUAGCAGGGUGCAGGGCAGUCAGACCAGGACCAUGGAGCUCACCGUCUUCCUCUUCUUUGCACUCCUCAUAGGCCUUUUGCUUCUCCUGGUCCGGCGUCACCCUAAGGCCCAUGGCCGCCUCCCACCAGGCCCCCGCCCUCUGCCCCUUUUGGGGAACCUUCUGCAGCUGGAGAGAAGAGGCCUACUCAAAUCCUUUCUGAAAUUCCGAGAGAAAUACGGGGAUGUCUUCACGGUACACCUGGGACCGAGGCCCGUGGUCAUGCUGUGUGGAGUGGAUGCCAUACGGGAGGCCCUGGUGGAUCAGGCUGAGGUCUUCUCUGGCCGGGGCAAAAUCGCCAUCGUUGACCCAGUCUUCCAGGGCUACGGCGUGGUCUUUGCCAAUGGGGACCGCUGGAAGGCGCUGCGGCGAUUCUCUCUGACCACCAUGAGGGACUUUGGGAUGGGAAAGCGGAGUGUGGAGGAGCGGAUCAAGGAGGAGGCUCAGUGUCUGGUGCAGGAGCUUCGGAAAUACAAGGGAGCCCUCGUGGACCCCACCUUCUUCUUCCAUUCCAUCACCGCCAACAUCAUCUGCUCCAUCGUCUUUGGAAAACGCUUUGAGUACCAAGACAAAGAGUUCCUGAAGCUGCUGCGCUUGUUCUACCAGUCUUUUUCACUUGUCAGCUCUUUAUUCAGCCAGCUGUUCGAGCUCUUCUCUGAUUUCCUAAAAUACUUUCCUGGGGCGCACAGGCAAAUACGUAAAAACCUGCAGGAAAUCGGUGCUUUCAUUGGCCACAGUGUGGAGAAGCACCGUGAAGCCCUGGACCCCAGUUCCCCCCAGGACCUCAUCGACACCUACCUGCUCCACAUGGAAAAGGAGAAAUCCAACCCACACAGUGAAUUCAACCACCAGAAUCUCAUCUUCAACACGCUCUCCCUCUUCUUUGCCGGCACCGAGACCACCAGUACCACUCUCCGCUACGGCUUCCUGCUCAUGCUCAAAUACCCUCAUGUGGCAGAGAGAGUCUACAAGGAGAUUGAACAGGUGAUUGGCCCACAUCGCCCUCCAGCAUUAGAUGACCGAGCCAAAAUGCCAUACACAGAUGCAGUCAUCCAUGAGAUCCAGAGAAUUGCUGACCUUCUCCCCAUGGGUUUGCCCCACAUUGUCACACAACACACGAGCUUCCGAGGGUACACCAUCCCCAAGGGCACGGAAGUAUUUCCCAUCCUGAGCACUGCUCUCAACGACCCACACUACUUUGAAAAACCAGACACCUUCAAUCCUGACCACUUUCUGGAUACCAAUGGGGCACUGAAGAAGAAUGAAGCUUUUAUCCCCUUCUCCUUAGGGAAGCGCAUCUGUCUUGGUGAAGGCAUCGCCCGCACCGAAUUGUUCCUCUUCUUCACCACCAUCCUCCAAAACUUCUCCGUGGCCAGCCCCGUGGCUCCUGAAGACAUCGACCUGACACCCCAGGAGAAUGGUGUGGGCAAACUACCCCCAGCAUACCAGAUCCGCUUCCUGCCCCGCUGAAGGGGCUAAGAAGAGGGGGUCAAGAGAUUCCGGGUCAUCCAGUUGUCCCCACCUCUGUAGACAAUGACAAUUCCUCCAAAACUUCUGACUGCCCCCUGCAACUUUCUGUUUCUGAGAGGCCUGCUGCAAGCCAACUUCCUUCCCCGCCAUGACACCAGUUGUCUAAGGUCACAUUGCAAGUGAGUAGAGGAGUGAGACUAUUGAAUAUUAUACAAAAUUAUAUAUAUACAUAUUGAGACGGAGUCUUCAUCUAUUGCCCAGGCUGCAGUGCAGUGGGGCUGGCUCACUGCAACCACCGCCCCCUGGGUUUAAGCAAUUCUCCUGCCUCAGCCUCCCAAGUAGCUGGGAUCACAGGCAUCCGCCACCACACCUGGAUAAACUUUUUAUUUUUAGGUCAUCUUGAACUCCUCACCUCGGGUGAUCCUCCUAGUUCCAAAUGUUUUUAUUGUCUCCCCUACAAGACCCAAACCUCUCAAGCUGUCACUCCCCAUUCCUCAAUCUCCUUUUCAUCUCAGCCCCAGCCAAUCUGGUUUCUGUCCCUACGGACUCAUCGAUUCUGAAUAUUUCCUUUAAACAGAAACGAAGCCUUGCUCUGUCUCCCAGGCUGCAGUGGAGUGGCACGAUUUUGGUUCACUGCAACCUUCACCUUCCAGGUUCAAGCAAUUCUCCUGCCUCAGCCUCCCAAGUAGCUGGGAUUACAGGCAUGUGACACCACACCUGAUUACCUUUCUUGUAUUUUUAGUAGAGACAUGUUGGCCAGGCUGGUCUUGAGCUCCUGGGCUCAGGUGAUCUGCCUGCCUCCUCCUCCCAAAGUGAUGGGAUCAGAGGUGUGAUAUGUGAUCUGCGCCUGGUUGCUUUUCCGUGGAACGCUAGUUUUGAGGUUCGUGUCUGCUGUAGACCACAGUCACACACUGCAUAGUCCUCCCUCAUCCUCAUUCUCAGCUGUCUCCCUCUAUCAAAAAGCCUCCUUGGCCCAGGUUCCCUGAGCGGUGGGAUUCUGCACUGGUGAUUUGGAUUCCCUGAUAUGUCCCUUCAAAUCCCCUGAUAAUGAAAUAAACAUCUCUAAAGCCUGA